AUGAUUAAAGCGGAGAAGGCAGCUGAACUUCAAGAGCAAAUCAAUGAAAUGCUUGAAAAGAUUGAAAAUUUAAAUUUAUCAAAUAAAAGUGUAAUAGAUAAUUUAAAACAACAAGCAGAAAUAAUAAACAACCAGUUAGCCAAUGCACGUAAAGAAAGAGUUCAAUUACAACGUAAACAACGUAAAAUUCAUAAACAAAUUGGUAGUUUUAAUGAUGAACAAAAUUUAUUUGUACGUAAAUAUCAACGUCGUAUUAAUGAAACAAAAAAUAAAAUAAAUUUACUUUUAAAACAAAAAACUCAAUUAGAAAAAGAAAUUGAAAUGAACAAACAGAAACGCGAAGAAAUUCAAACAACAAUGAAAAUUGAAAAAGAACAUCAUGAUCAUGAAAGAAUACAUACUACAGAGAAAAUUGUUUCACUAAAUAAAUUGUUGGACGAAUUCGUUGAAAAGUGUCAACAGAUGAAUAAAAAUGUCCAAGAUGAACUACCAAUAUUGGAGGGAUUAAAUAAUAAAGUAGAAAAAAUUGAAAAGAUUGAAACAGAAACUAAGUCAUUACAGGUUGAAAUGAAUCAGAAUAUUCGUUCAUUGGAAAAUGAAAUAAAUCGAUUGAAUAAUGAGAAUAAAAAACUUGAUUUUGAUCUAAAAUUAUCGAAAAAGCAAACGAAUGUAUUUCAAAUGGAUUAUAUGAAUAAAUUUAUCAAUGAAAUUGAUUUAUUGAAGAAUAAUGAAAAAAAUAUUUAUACUUAUGGUUGUCGUUUAAAUACAGUAGGAAUUGAAAAUGAUCGAAUCAAUACAGGUAUUACAAAACAAGAACAAACUAUACAACAUAUUUGUUCAGAUUGGGAAAAGAUAUUGAGAUUUAAAUCAAUAUUAAGAAAUCAAUAUCAAUCUAUAAAAGUUAUGAUCACAAAUAAUGAAAAUAAAGAAAAGAAAUUAAUUCAAUCAUCUAUUGAUCUUUAUCAAUAUCUUAUCAAUAUAAAAUUAAAUAUCAUAAAAGAGCAAUGUAUUGAACGUGAUCAAUUAUUGAAACAAUUUCUACCGGAAUUAAUGAAAAAAUUUAAUGAAAUUAAUCAAUAUUUUUACAAUGAUAUUAACACAUCCAAACAAUGAUAAGAUGAUGUAAUCAAUGAAUGAUUCAAAAGAAAAUCGAGAGAAAACAUGACAAGGAACAUAAUGAUGGUGAUGAUGAUGACGAUGAUAUGGAAUAGGUUAAAUGAAUAUGUUUCAAUUAGAUUUAUUUUGUUUAAUAAAACAAAACAAAAAUAAUCAUCAUAAUCAUAAAACAUUUGUUUAUUGACUUUUUUUUAAGACUCAGCAGUUCACAUUCACGAUACCACCUUGCAGGAAUCAGUGGUUUAGAGGCUCAGCGCUUGCGCGUGAGACCGAAAGGUUUUAGAUUCGAAUCCUAUGGGUGGGAUGGUGGGUAUGCAUUUGUGAGGAGUUUUAUACUAGGACAAAACGACCGUUUAGUGCUUCAGUUUUUCAUAAGGGUCUAAUUUUAAUUGAACCAUGAAUUCAAUUAUGUAAUUACUACAAUCUCCACAAAAAC